GUGAAAUACGCAGAUAUGAGCCCAGAGGAGGAGUCGGAGUAUCAGACACCGCCCACCUGCGAUCUGCUCUGCCUUCUGCUGAAGAACAGACGCCCCACCGGAGCUGUCAACGAGGUUUGGCCCAACCUCUACAUCGGAGACGCGGCUACAGCGCAGCAUAAAACCCGGUUAGUGGAUCUGGGAAUUACACACGUGGUGAAUGCUGCAGAUGGCCCCCAGCACAUUGACACGGGGCCAUGUUUCUACAAAGACACCAACAUACAGUAUCAUGGAGUGGAAGCAACAGACUGUAAAGAUUUUGACUUGAGCCCAUUCUUCACAGAGACGGCUGAUUUCAUUCAUGGAGCUCUGAGUCAGAGAGGUAAGGUGCUCGUCCACUGUGCUCGAGGAAUCAGCCGCUCUGCGACCUUAGCGCUGGCCUACCUCCUGAUCAGAGAGAGACUCAGCCUGGUGGAGGCUGUGGAGGCCGUUCGGAGGCACAGGAACAUCCUGCCUAAUGUCGGAUUUCUGAAUCAGCUCCGACACUUGGACUCUUCCUUGGCUCUGCAGAGGAAAACAACAAAAUGUCAAGCAAUUGAGAAAUAA